AUGAAUGAGUAUCAAUCGAGAUCUACCGAUGAACCUGUUUGCCUUCCCGAGAGGACCCAGCAAUUACCAAGCACAGAAGAGGUCGAUCAGACACUUUACUUGGAACAGUGUCAGGCGAAUUCGAGAGAGUUCAAAAUAAAAUUUAAUAAACCGAUCUUUUUUCGCCGCGGUUGCUCGAAACAUUGCACCGGAUAUAACCGAGAUUUGGACAGCUCCAGUUUCAAACUGACAGUUUGUACGUCGAGGAAGAAUAAAUGGUCGAAUAGGUUAAAAAGGAGCAAAAAAAGGCUGCAACAGUUUUCGAAUCAAAUAAAAAAGAGAACUAAAAAGUCCAUAAGGAAAAUUAAAAAGAUCUACCGAAAUAUUGGCGCAACGAGGGUCAUGGGUUACCACUGCGACCUCAGAAAAUGUCCAAGCACAAUCUUACAUUGCACCACGAGUUCCUGCGUGAAACCCAACAUGCUCUUUAGCAAGUUUCAAAAAUUCAAGGAGAGAAUGCGCAGGAGCGAGGAGGAUACACAUCGAACUGCGUGUUCUUCGAAAACUCCUGGUGACGCUUCCUACGAGUUCAAAAUUAUGAAAGAACAAUCCGUAGGAACAAACGCGGUGAAAGGAACGAGCACGUAA